AUGGACGCGCCUUUCCUCUUGGACGCCUACACCCGCACUCCCUCGCCAAACGACUCUGCCUCUGCCUCCCCGGCCUCCCUGCCCCAGACCCCGUCCAUCUACCAGCUCGAGUUGGCGCCUGCACCGGCAAAGCCCGCGUUCGACCACUACCUCAUGCACGACGACCACCAGCACGGCAUCCCCCCAGAGGGCCUCCCGCACUGGCAGGCCAAUCAGAUGCAUUAUUCCCAGCAGGCGCCGCAGCAGCAGGGUUCGCUCCUGGGCGAGCUGUACGAGCACGAGCUGCCGCACGAGCAGCCGCAGAUGGACCUCAACUACGGCCACGACUGGCACCAGCAGCAGCAGCUCCCACGCAUCCAGCCGAUGCAGCAGCAGGACGCCAGCCUCGCUCGCAGGGCCACGUUCCCGCACCAGACCUACGGCGGCCCCUUUGAGUAUCCCGGCGCGUCCGCCGGCCCGCACUACCGCGAGUAUGACCACCGCGUCAAGCUCGAGGACCCCAGCUCGUCCAUGGUCGUCCCCAGCCACGCCCAGAUGAUGUACCGCUCGCCCUCGCUCGGCGACAUCGCCCCGCACUCCCUGCCACCCUACCUCCAGGCCCACCCGGCGAUUCCCGUGCAGCACACCGACGACGCUGCGAGCAAGGAGACGCAGUACCUGCGCCGCCGUUGCUUCAACUGCUCGCAGACCGAGCCUCCCAGCUGGCGCCGCUCGACGCUCAACCCGGGCAAGAUCGUCUGCAACAAGUGCGGUCUGUACGAGCGCACCCACCUUCGCCCGCGUCCUCUGCGUUUCGACGAGCUUCGCACUGGCAACAAGGGCCGCAAGAAAUCGGGCAAGGGCACCCCGGCUGCGCCCAACGCUGAAACCGCAUCUGCACCUGUGCCCAUCGCGCCUGUCAACAUCAAGCAGGAGCCGCUCGAGGCGCCUCCCAUGUCGCGCCGCACCUCUGUAUCUUCCAACCACAGCAGCGAUUGGGAUGAUUCCGCCUCGAUCGCGUCGUCAGGGUCUCGUCCACCGUCGUCAUACGGCUCGCCGGCCGCCGGAACCCUCCUCCCGCUCUCCGAGCACUCCCCGACGCCCAUCCCGCGUCAGGACAAUGGGAUCCGGCUUCCGGCCGUCGAUAUGGGCCUCGGUGCGUUGAGCAUGGGCUCGCCCGCCUCGCGCCCCGGUUCGAGCGCCGGCGCGGUCGAGUUCGGCCUCGGCCAGGAUCAGUACUUCAUGCGCUCUGCACCCCAGGACGUGCCGCUCCCCGCGAGCGUGCCCAGCACGCCGGGCUUCGUCGGCUCGCCCGGCAGCAUAGGCGCCGGCAGUCCCGCACUUCUCGCCCGCGAUCUUUCGGACGCGGCGAACUGGGGUUCUCCGGAUGCCACCUCGCCGCCCAGCCGCGGCGUCCCGCAGCGCCGUCCGUCGAUCCUGCGCUCGACCGUCGUAGCCCAGUGA